AUGAUGUCAACUAGUGUCACUGACGAUAAAUCUUAUACAACCAUAAUACCAAUUCAUCGAGUAUCAACAACAGCAAACGAUCCUUCAGAUCAACAGCAAUACUUUUUAAAUAAUAAUCAAAGUCCUAAUUAUCAACAGCAAACAAUGUAUACGGGAAGAAGUUCAUCACCGUCAAUGGCACAAACGAAUAUUCGACCAGGGUGUGUGUCAAUUCCUGUUGAAAUAGUUCGAGGAAGUGAGUCGUCAACAAGUCGUCCGUCAUCAUCAACUCGUUUGGGUUCACCAUAUCGAACCACAUUACAGAAUGACAAUUUUGUCAGUAAUUCUCCUCCUUCUUUCCAUACGGCUACAACAACAAAUAUAAAUAACAAUAACAACAAUAAUGGAUCUCGUGGAAUUCAUGCUCGUCAAAGUCCAAUAACAGGCUACGAUAGUCUAAUAAAUAAUUCAACAUUUCAACAUCCACUCAAUGAAAUUCCACGUCAAUCUUAUCGAUCAUCAUUACAUCCUCAAUAUCCAAGAAAUAGUCAAUAUACUGGAUCACAAUCAAAUACAAACGAGCCCACAAUACAAGCGUCUCGUUCAAGUGAAGAUCUUUUAAAUCAUCGUCAAUCAUCGCCCGAUCCAAUGGCGUCGAUGCGUACUGGUGGUCGUGGUAAUGGUUUUGGCUCAAUGUAUCCGCCUAGUUUUGAUAGUCAUUAUCGAUAUCCAUCAUCCGAUUUUUUACAACGAAAAUAUGAUAGUCCAUUACGACGUUCUUAUGAUGCAUUAAAUGAUUAUUCCGAUAUGAAUUUUGGAAAUUUUCCAAGUGCCUGGCCUGAUUCUUCGUUCACAAAUACUCAUCCAAUGUACACUCAACAACCACCACCACAACCAUCUUAUGUUAAUCAUGCUUAUAUUAAUCCAAACAUUGUUUACACGAAUGAACAUGGUCUACCAACAGACACAUAUUAUCCUCAGUCAUCGCAAAAAAAUGAAUACAUAAAUCCACAGCAUCAACCAAAUUUUCAAGGACAAACAAAUGGAACACCGAAUGCAACAUAUGAUCGCUCACGCUCUCCAGCAUCAAAUCGUGGAACAUCCCCUGGUGCCCAACAACGAGAACAUCAACCUCAAAACGCUACAGAUGAACAGAAACCAAUACCAAUGCCGUACAACCAUCCUGUGGCUCCGGAACAGACCGAAUCAAAAUUACCUCCCGGACCAAUACCAAUGCCUUAUAAUCAUCAGCAACAACAACAACAACAACAACAGCCCGUACCAGAUCAACAAGUCCCCUCAGCUGAUCCAGUUACUCAAGCACCGCCACCACCUCCACAACGCGAUCCAAAUCAAAUCGCAUUAGAAAAAUUAGAAAAUAUCAAAUCCAGCUUAGUACUAUUAGAUAAACGUGUCGAUGAAUUUAAUGGUACAACGCGAGAUGAACGUUCUUAUAAAGAAUUAGAUGAACACGCAUUAAAAUUAAUGCUUCAAUGUGAUGAAUUAGUUGAGGUAAGAGAUGAAAUUAAAGAAAAACGAAAAGAAAUGAUUCGAAAUGUACAACAUGUACUAACAAAACUUGAAUCGAAAAUACCUACGAACAAUAAUAAUAAGCAAACCAUGGAUACAACAUCGGUUGUUUCGGAUACAAAGCAAGAAACAUUGGGUGAAAAUAAUAAUUUAAUUGAUGAAUCAACAAAAACAUCGUUGACAUCAACUACAGAUUCUACUGUAGAACAAAAACAAGCAGAUGCAACAACAACAGUCACAGAAGAGCAACCACAAACAUCUUCGUAA